AUGAAUCCAUGCCCUCCUCGCUCAGGCCUUGCAAACGGAGGGCCGGGGGUUCCCUUGCCGGAGUCAACCCGUCUCUUGCUGGGGCUGCCUCUUCCCCUGCCGCCCUCCGCUGUUCCUAGCACGGCCCGUCUCCCACUCCCCCGGAAAGCCUGUCGCUCAGCGCUCUCUUCCCGCAAACGAGCUCAAGAAGUCCCGAAGGAGAUGGUACAGAAAAGCCAGAAGAAUAAGCAGGACCAGACUUCAUUUUGCCUAGUUCCUGGUGUAGGUGUGGAGGCUCAGACUGGGCAGCUAUCGUCUGCUGUUGGCGGCUGUCAAUACGUUGAUAGCAGACUUGCAGAUCAGCCCUUACUAGAGCAGCCUAGUGACAAAAGUGAGCUACUUACUCCUAUUUCUGAAGUUCCUGUAGAAACAAAAGAGGAGGAACCAAAAAAGUUGCUUGUCUCUAAAAGAAGGGAAGGGAGAAGCUGUGGGAAAUGUGUUCGAACAGUACUGGAGGACAAAGCAAAGGUAAACUUUGCUGUGGACACAAACCUGAAGGAAGAGGAGAGCUUGGUAGGAGAAAGUUGUUCAAAAAAAGCUGCCCAGGGCAUGGGGAGACAGCAACGUUGUGCUGCUUCUAAAAGUACUCUGCAAAAAGAAUUUGUAUCACAUCUUAGAUGGAAAAGAAGUAGCUCCUUACUCUGUGAAAAAGAUAUUGCCCCUAAGAAAAAUUGUAUAUGUUCCUUGCUUGAACCUGAACUAAACAUUUCAAGUUGUUUGGAGAAAGAAAAGAAAUCAAAGGAAAAGAGCAAAAAAACCUUUGUAAAAGCAGAACUUAAAAAUCUAGUAGAAAGGGAUGGGAGUUCAACAAUAGUAUUAGAAUCUCAAAAAGCAGUAAGGGAAAGCAACAAACGCUCGGUCUCAAAACCAGGUCCCCUGCAGAAAUCAUGGCACCUCAGAGAGAGGAUUAGAUCAGCUCAACCAGAGCAGAAGUCUUUCAGGGACAAAAGGCAAAGGGUAAAGAGGAGGUGCUUAUCCUUGAAAUUACAGACACAAAACUUAAGCCUACAGAAAUUUAAAGGAAAACGUGGGAAUGGAGACUUUAGUUAUGAGCUACAGCUGCCAAGCUUAGAUUCUGAAGAUUGUACAAGGAACCUAGUGAAAGUAAGAUCAUCUUCUGUCCCACGUGUCCCAUGUGGUAAUGUUGUGGAAGGAAGAGAAUCUCUAUGGAAGAGCUGUAGGGUUUCUUUGCCAAACUUGAGGCUGGUGGAGCCUCAGGGGGAAGAACAAACCUUGCAGAAAACAUGUAAAAGCUGUUCUGCGGAAUGGACUCAAACAAAAUCUUGUGAGGAUUUACAAGCUCUGAAACAAGACAGUAGGUGUUUAUUGAAAAGUGUAGCAUGUAUAGAAGACAGUAAAAAGUGCAGAAGCAUUGCAGAAGAGGGAAGGCAUAGGAUGGUAACCAGAGCUUUACUGAAAUCAAAGAUACGUGAAAAUGAUAGUGAGAAGCUAGACUGGAUGCAGGAAAAGCCUGUUGCUAUGGAGAUUCCCUGGUUCAGGCAAGGAAUCCUGGAAAAGCAAAUAGCUAUAGGAAAGAUAGUGGAUUCUGCACCUACAGAAGGUCGGAUAAUUUCCAGGGUAACAGUCUGUAGUGAGAAACAAACGCAAGGGAAAGAUGAAAUUAUGACUACACCUGAACUAAAAAUAAAGAUCAAAACUUCUAGAGAGCAGAAAACAGAAGUUUCAAGUGAAAAGCUGGCAGAGACUGAUCUGAACACCUCUCAAGAUUGCAGUAUACCGAAACUGCUAGAACAGUCUGCAUGUCUUCAAAUAAAUAAAUUAGAUGAAACUGAACACAAGGAUCCUGUCAGCUGUUGUCUCAGAAGGGAGGCUACAUUACAUUGUGGUGAUAGUGCUUUUCCUGUUACAAACUCCAGAUGUCCACAAUUUUCGGAUAUAAAAAUAACUGAAAAUCAAGUGGAAAAGGACCCAUUGGUAGUGUACCAGGAUGACAAACUCAGAUGUCUUACUAAGCUGAAUGACUUUACUUGCAGAAUAACAAAGAACCCAGUAGUGAGGUUACUUGACUGCAGGUACAUAAAGGCGCUGUUAAAUCCUACAAGUGACCAUACAAUUCAAAGUUAUAAACUUCAUUGUGAAUUCUUGCACAUUGCACUGGGUCAAAGGAAGGAUCUGUGUCCUCACAGGGGUAUGGGACAGAGUGAUUUGAAUUGUAGCUCUAAUAUAGUGCAAGCUGGAGGUUCAACAAGCAUAUCAGUCGGAAAAGGAAUGUGCCAAAAGAAGAAGAUGCCCCCAAGGUAUCAAAAUGGAAAGAAGCGAUUUAGGGAAAGUAAAUGGUGUCUGGAGUUCAAAAAAAACAGUAAAAGGAUAAAAAUGACUGAGGAUCUUGAAAAACAAGCAGUCCAGGAACUUCUUUCAAACAGGGACCUUUACAAAGCCACAGCAAAUUCUUCAAUAAUUACAGAACAACUGAACUGUAAUGAAGCUGUUUCCUUCCCUUCCCUUGAUGUGCCUGAUUUACCUCUAAAGAAAAAUACUCAAAAACAUCCAAAUCAAUUUGUUACCUUGGCUGGUAAUAAACGGAAGAACCAAUCACACUUUACCCUGUAUGAUGUAAGUGACUUUGCGAAGUCCGAUGCUAAAAAGGAAAACAGUGCUCUUGAGUCAAAGACCAUGGACCCACACAGAGACUUAACCAGUACAGCAAAGGAUGAUUCUGCAGUGGAGAUGCUAGUUGAUGAAAAAAUCCCCAACUACAGCAGUAAUAAUGCUGGCUACAUGCAAGGAGGGAAAGCAGCACCCAAAGCAAAAACAGUAAGUAAAACGGGGAAGAAACUACCGUUCAGCUGUCAAAGAAUAGUGCCAUUUUCAGGUAAAAAUAUUUGGCUUCGUGAAUCAUGUGCAAGGACCUCCUUAUUUUGUAAAAACCACGUGUAUGGCUCAAAAUUUUUAAGACGUGUUGAUUCUUUUGCUAACACUGGCCAAGUGGAGCUGCAUGAGCUGUUGGUAGAUACUAGCAACCUGCCUGCAAAUAAGACAAUGGAUUGUAAAACAGAACUUUCUGUCAAAAGCCCAGCUGCAGAAUCUCAGAUUGAUAAUCACAAAGCUGUCUCUGGUAUUGGAAAUAAGAAUGGAAUUUCCUCUACAGAUAUGGAAAGGCCUAAACAGUGCCCAUCUAGUGUGACUAAAAAUGCAAAGAAAUGCAAAAUUACUUCGAAAUCACCAGGGAAAGAUACUAAAAAGGAAGACAGUAUGGUCAAGACAAAUGUUUCCAUAGGUACCCAGAAUGGCAUCUUUGUAGACAGUAGUAAAAAUAAGGCAAAGUCAUUGGUUUCUAAACAAGAGACUGCAGUCCCACGAGUACCAAAAACAUUAAGCAUGGGGAACCUGUCAAAUUUCAGAAUACCUCUUCUUAAGGACAAAAGUGUAUUGAGAAAGGAAAGAACUCAUUACAGUCCUCAGAGCAUUCUAGAUUGUAGUGCUGCUUCUGUAAAGAAAAACAGAAGUAAGAGGGUUUCAUCUGAUUUUGAGCAUCUGUUCCACUCUGAACAGAUUAGUAACAUUACUGUGGCUGCAGUGGAAGAACACAGAGACCAAUUUGACAGCAGUGUUGCUGGAAGCUUUCCUUGGGAGAGUAGCAUUUGUAAUAAAGAUCUGGCAACUUCUCAUGAGAGUGAUCUGGAAUUGUCAGGGUUGGAGAAUGUUUCUAACUCUUUGAGUAUUGGAUGUACAAAGAAGCCAACUGAGAGCUCUGUUAUAUCAUCAGAAAUUUAUGAAGAUAAUUGGAGCAAUACCUUGGCUCAAAACAAAGAUAAGCUGUGUGCAGACGUUCUUAAGGCUUAUGAAGAUGAUGCUCUUGUGAUUGAUGUAAUUCAGGAUGAUCCUGAUCUGUUUGGAAAUACAGAUGAACCAGAAGUCACAGGUUCAAAUGAGCAUGUUCCUGACAGCGACUCUAGAAUCACCAUUUCCUCAGAAGAAAAUCUGGUGUUAAAGUCAGAGUCCUCUCCACUUCCAAGAAGCGACCUCUUGAAAUUCAGGCCUAAAGAGAGUCCUCUUCAAGCACAUGACACAUUGAGGUCUACUACAGAUGUCUCUGCUUCAUUGUCAAAAGUUGACGAAACUAAAUCAGAUUCCUUAAGCAGAACCAGUUUAACAAGAGGUACAACCGAGUUGUCUUUUAAGAGGGAACAUCUGACUGAAUUGGAGGAAUUUAGCAGGAGCUCGGACUCAGGUGUAAAGACUUAUUUUGGGCUGAUUCUACCCCGUGGGUAUUGCCGGUCACAUUUCAAUACAUUGAAUGGCUGUAGGAGACCAAAGUGCUGGUAUGCACAUGUUCCAGAACCUGGGGAUUCAAAGCUCUGCAAUGAAAUACUUAAGAAAUAUAUAAGUAUUGGUGAAAUAGUUCUGCUGCAGCGUGCAGUCCAGAUAUUUACAGAGUACUACAAAGAUGUUACUCGUGGGGUGCAGUUGGAUUCUCAAAUGCUAAAUGACUUGCUAAUGUCUUUGCUCCGGUACUGUUUGUUGAAAGAAUUAUUUCAUAUACUCCAAACCUGCCUACUGAUUAAAGUGCUGCCUGCCGUAGAUGUUCUGAUCAAAGUGUUUGAGCAUGUGGCUUCCAUGAAAUUAAAAGAAGUAGUGCCCGAGUUAAUUAACAUCUCUUCUAAGCUUGUUGAUGUUGGAAUGGUUCUUGAAUCUCAGCAUUUGGGCUAUAUUGCAAAGUUCCUCAACCAACUGCAAAUUUCUAGUAAAGAAAUAAAUAUUUUUAUGUCCAGAUUUCAGGCAAGACAUUUCUACCAGACCAGCAUUUGUGACUUUAGUCCAUUUGGUUCAGCAAUAGCAGAAUUUCAGCAUUGUAAAGAAAAAGGAGAGUGGACUAAACUGGGAAUUGUGUACGUUCACGUGAGGAGAGAGUGUGAAAAUUUUGAUGAGCUCGAAAAGUACUCGCUGUUCAUUGCUAAUGUUCUAACCAAUGCUGCGAAGGAAGACAGACCAGGAAUUCCAUUUUGUGAAUUUGCAGCUGCAGUACAUGAAGUGCCCUGGCACAACGAAGCAGACAAAACAUUAUUGGGAAGAAUUGGUAUCAGUGUUUUAUAUGCUUACUAUAAAAUACAGGAGUGGCUUAAGGCCAGGAAGAUACUGGAUACACUUCAUACUUUAAAGAUACAUUUCUCAUACUUGAAAGGGCUUAUUGGUCCAGAGGAAUUUGCAUCACAAUGUGAAAUUGUCAAUGUUGCUGUGGAAGUCUUUCUCAACAGUGGGAGCCUAGAUGGGGCGGUAUGGAUACUGAAAGAAUCAGAGUGGGUAAUCAACACACUGUCAUGGUCUUGUGAUAGAAUGGAUGUCCUGAAUAGGCAUAACCUGCUAUGUAAGAUAGCAUCUGAAUUCAUUAUUAAAAACUGUUACAUGGAAGCAUUUGAAGUCUUGCAAAAUCUACCAGGCUUUCAGAAUUCUUGCGAUAGUCUGGAUGUUUCCCAGUACAGUCUUCUGUUUAACAAUCUUCUAGGAGCUAGUUUAGGGAGCAAAAACCUUGGAAUAUCUUCAGCUAUAAUAAAUUUUAUGCUUGCAAAGAACAUCAAUGUUGACUUUCAGUUACUCAGAGCAUUCAUCACAGCACUGGGAAGAAGUAGUGCUUUGACUGAAGCAAGGACAUACUAUAGAAGUGCCUUAGGAUUGGGUUGCUACCCACCACCGGAAGGAAAUCUGUACCGUAAGGUCCUCCUGAUUCCAUCUUACGUAACAGAGAUUGAGAUGCUCUUAGCAACUGAAGUGUUUUUGGCUUCAAACGCCAGUAGUAUACAGAGUCCUGGUGCUUCUAAUCAGAUACUUCAGAUUGUAUUGCAAAGAUGUAAAGGCAACAGAGUGCAAAACACAGAUGACUAUCAGAGUGCAGUGGAAAGGUUAAUACAAGCCACCCAAUUAGCUUCGCCAAAGCUUUUCAUAAAGCAUUUGACUAUAAACGUUAACCAGGAGCAAGUUUAUAGUUUGGAACAUCAAUGCGUACUUGAAUGGUUGAAAAAAAAUAUGAAAUGGGCAGGGAAAGUCUGGCUUUUUCAGUAG